CUCCGAUUGCAACCCAACACACGAUGCCAUAUAGUCUCAAAGGGAAGAAUGUGCUCGUCGCGGCAGGCUCAAGGGGUUUGGGUGCUGUGAUAUGCCAAAAGUUCGCAGCUGAGGGGUGCAAUGUAGCCAUUAACUACCACUCAAGCCGUGGGGUCGCGGAAGACCUUGCCAGUCGAUUGGCAAAGGGGUAUUCUAUCAAGUCCAUUGUUCUCCAGGGGGACGCCGAGCUCCCAGAGGACAAUCAACGUAUCGUUCAGGAGGCUAAUGAGCAAUUAUCGGGUUUGGAUAUUGUCAUUGCAAAUGCUGGGUGGACUCGAUUCGCUGACAAGCAGGACAUUUAUGACUUGUCUUUCGAGGAAUGGGACAAGGAAAGACGCGCACGGCCUGGCUUGAACACUAUGUCGCAUUUGCAACUCAUGCAAGCGGCUAAGCCAAUAUUCGACAAGAAUCCUGACGGAGGUGUCUAUAUAAUGACUUCAUCUAUCGCAGGCAUCACUCCGGACGGAAGCAGCAUGCGUUACUCGGUGACCAAAGCUGGGCCACUCCUUCCCUUGAGACGAGUGAUAACACCACCCAUCUCUGGAUUAUUGUCGUAGUC